UUGAAUUAAAAAUGUUCAAGCGUGUCGUAGUGGAGUUGAGUGAGCCAAAAUACGUUCACUUCAGUCACGUUCAGUAUUUUCAAUUUUAUUUAGUAUCAGAAUCGACGCCCGGUGAACGAGAACGGCGGGAGUAGUUUUUACAGUUAAAUGAUACAACUUGUUCACCCAAAUUCACCGGCUAGUGAUUAUCUUAUCGCGAUAUAAAUUUAUCAUUAUUUUACGAAUUUCCACAUGACGAAUUCUUGCCAUUAAUAUCGAAAUAUAUGUGAUAAUAUCGGUAAUGACUUAAGCAACAUAAAUAAUCCAUUUGAAAAAAAAUAUUGUGAAAUUUUCAAAAGGGAAUACCCAACCAAACAGUGUUUUCAUUCAGUAUACGUAUAUUUAUAAAUAAAUUUGGAGUGUUAAAAUCACACGUGGCGGCAAAGUAUUGUCCUUUUUUAUUUUUAGUAGCUAACAUGGAUAUAAUGAACCUUUGCACACAUUGUAUUAUCGUAUAUUUUUUCGGAGUUGCUUGUAUUGAAGGACAGCAGGUGGAUUCCACAGACACAACACCGUAUAUCGUUAGCAAGGAAAACAUUAUAUUUCCCAAGAUUCCCAAAUGUUGUAUAUCAAAGACGCAGGUAUGGAUAAACAAUACAUGUGAAGAGACCAGUCAUAUAAUAGAAUACAAGAAUUAUUACUACGAGAGUAACGAAACUCAUAUAUAUGACAAACAAUUUGAAUUCGAACCAAUAUUUUAUGAGCAUCAACUGGAUUGCGAUGGCAAAUAUUACUUGACUAAUGACGAGGUGCUCGGAUUCAUAUAUAAUUCCUCAUUUAUAACAGAGUAUGAGUUUGACAUUAUUGGUCCUGAGGAUUACUGUAUUAACUCUAAAGAUGACAAACAAGUUUUCCUAAUGUGCGCUGACAAAGUCCCCAGCCAAAUAUCGAAAGGACAAGUUUAUUUUCCAUGUCUUAUUAUUUCUACAGCCUGUUACUUUUUCUCAGCAGGAAUCUAUAUAUUUCUACUAAAAGUAAAAGACGUGCAUAAAAAAUGUUUCGUGGGAUAUUCAAUUUCAAUGUGCGUUACCUUUUUCUGUUUGAUUUUGCUUCAGAAGGUCCAUACUGGUUGCAAUAUUAUUGGUUCCAUAUUUUACGUGUUCAUUUUAGCCUCAUUUGUAUGGUUGUGCUGUCUCUGUUUGGAUAUAGUUCAUGUAGUGAGAAACUUUGCAGAAGAUAAAGAUCCAGAAAGAAUAUAUCUAUAUAUUGCCGGAUCGAUUCUCUUUCCAUGUGUUGUUCUAGUUAUAUCCAUAAUUCCUACAGGCAUUCCAGAUGUACCGAUUUCAUUUAUGAAAGGAAGAGGAAUGUGUAUGUUCAAAGAUACAGCAACACGAAUAGCUAUUCUUUUUAUUCCCAUGGUACUUCUUCUUCUUGCUGCUGUAGCUUCUUUAGUGUAUUCUUUUUACCUCAUAAGAGUGACUGGCAAAGAAAACCGUGCUAAUAUUGCGUGGUUGGAGAAAAAAAGUCGUUUUAAGUAUAUGAUACGCUCAUGUUUUCUAAUUUGGGUGACGUCUACCAUUUGGGUACUUGAUGCAGCUCUUAAAAACAUGGACUUAGGAAACCCUUUAGUCUACGAAAUUAUUGAAGGAUCACAAGGUAUAUUCGUUGUAUCUAUUUUUGUAACGAAUCGAUACACGCGAAAAGACAUUUACAAGGCUCUGUGCAAAAAACAUGACGAAAAAUCAGAUAGAGAUAGGUUUAAUAGGUUAUUAGAGGUAUUUAAGGUUGAAGACAAAACUGUUGAAGGUUCUGAUGCAGAAGUGGCACCUGGCAGUCUUCCAAAUUAUGAACGAUGAUUAUAAUAAACAUUUUACUACCAAAUAAUAUAAUAUACUGUGAUAUCAAGAGUUUCAAAGUUUACGUACUGUAUUUUAUACUCUGAAAUGUUUUUAUGUACUGAUUGACAAAAAUACUGAUUUUAUUAGAAAUAGUACUAUACAUAUAAAAGGCGGUCAGAGCAACAGGGACCUAACCCCAAAAACAAAGUUUUGAGAUAAAUGCAAUCUUUGCAUUCGUAUUUCCAUUAGGUAUGCUUAUGGGAUGGCACUACAAAUUAUGUAACUAAAUUUAUCCAAAUAUAAAGGUAGGUAGUUUGUGUAGCCCUUGUUAAUCCGAAGAUUUAAUGUUGCUGUUUUAUUGAUAUAUUAAUCUAAAAAUGCUCAAUAUGGCUUAGGCCACUGUUGCUCUGAGCGCCUCAUAUACAGUUGAUCCGUUGGAUCUUUCCGCAAACAUAAUGACUCAAUUGCAAACAAGUUAAAUCAAAACAUUAAGUGAAACUUACGUCGACAGGCACUGUCAAUGUAAUUAUUAGGAAAUGGCUAUUAUCCUGUUAUAACAGAGCUGUAAAGAUCAUAAAACUGUGCUAAGUGGAUAAAAUUAUUUCUGUAAAUCUGUCUUUUACGUCUAAAUGAACAGAGAGUCAUUUUAAAAGAAAAUAAUCAACUUAUUAGGUGAGCCUAUGAAAUUGUUAUAAGGAGCUAUAAAAUUUGAUGUCAAUAUAAACAUUAAAAUUAUAUUAAAUUAUGAAAAUUGUGAUCUUACUAACAAAGAAUAAAGAACAAAAUUUGUGUUUUCUAGUGCUAUAUUUUAAUAAAGUACAGGGGGAAAACAAGGAAUGUCACAUUUAUACAUAUUGAGAACACCAAUAAAGGCAUAAUUCUUAUGAUAUCUAAAAACCACUCAGGAGAUUCUUACCAGAAUUCUAGCAAUUCUUAUUCCAUAAUCUUAAUAUAAUAUUAAUCUAUAUUAACCUACUAAUUUAAUAGUGCACAAAAAAAUGGCUAAUAUUCCUUAUUUUUGUUCAAUGGCUUGCGGACAAUCCUUGUUCUUCGCCUAGAUACAAAUUCUUAGAAAAUUUAUAUAGGCUUAUCUUUUUGGUUAUUAUCCUGAAUCGAUAGGCUAGUCGAUAGUACUCAGUUUUUGCUACCACAUGGCUAGAAAAGCCAAAAUUCAUGAAAAAGUGUCAUUCCUUGUUUUUCCCCUGUACUCUUUAUAUAAGACUAAACUACAACUGAUGGUAAUGCAAAUUACAUUUUAUAUUUUGUUUUUGACGUUUUGAUUUCCAGUCCUAAAAUCGCUUUCAAGAAAUAUCAAAGUAUCAAGUCAAAUAUUAUAAAAUCCAGUCAAAAACAAAACAUCCCAUGUAAACAUAUUGAAGAAAAUAAUUACACUUUUAUAAAAAAAGAUUUUUUUAUAAUACCAUAAUUUUUAUUAUUUAUAGGACACAAUUAUUUUUUAAAUCAAAAUUUCAAUUUUAAAAACAAAAUGGAUUUCCGAUGCUGGGUAUAGAACCCGAGACUUCUGGGUGAAAGCCAGGUACCCUAGCCACUAGACCAUUUUGAUUUAAUAUAUAUUAAGAGGCUACGGUAGCGAUCAACAGGUAGCAACAAACGCGUUUUAAGAUUGCGGCUCUAAUUUUGAAUAUUUUGCCAAGAUAUUUGGCACACAUAAUUCGUAAUGUAAUAAAGAUUGGCGGUACAGAGCCAAAUUUCAGAAAUAUGUUAGUACGUGGAAAUUACUCUAUAAUUAAAUAAAAUAUUGAAAAAAGGAGCCUGUGCCGCCAUUAAGAAGAAAAAAGAAUUGAAGGCACUCAUGGGAGUGCCGACAGAAGUGAAAACUUCUUAUAGUAUAUAAAUUACGAGCUCUAUGCUUUUUCUCCAUCCAAAAAGAUGUGAUAUACCUAUAUCAUAUGCGAUGGGUAUUCCCUAUGCUAUUUAUGUAUACAUACACAUAAUUUAUAUACGUAUAAAAUUUAUUUCAGCGAAGUGAUGACGGUCGCAAAUUCAAUACUUUUUCCUCGUCCAAGAAGUGCACAACGUCCCUAAUGAAAUUUUCAAUUUCAAAUAUUUAUUUCGUUGAAGCAAUGAUGGUCGCGAUGACGGUUGCUAAUUUAAUACUUUUUCCCAUCCAAAAAGUGCACAACGUCCCUAAAGAAGUUUUCACUUCAAAAAUGUAUUUCGUCGAAGCGAUGACGGUCCCUAAUUCAAUACUUUUUCCCCAUCCAAAAAGUGCACAACGUCCCUAAAGAAAUUUUCACUUCAAGAAUUUAUUUCGUCGAAGCGAUGACGGUCGCUAAUUUAAUAAGUUUUCCCCAUCCAAAAAGUGCACAACGUCCCUCAAGAAGUAUUUACUUCAAAAAUGUAUUUCAUCGAAGCGAUGAUGGUCGCUAAUUUAUUAAUUUUUUCAUCGAAAAAGUGCACAACGUCCCUAAAGAAGUUUCACUUCAAAUAUUUAUUUCGUCGAAGCGAUGACGGUCGCUAAUAUAUUACUUUUUCCCAGUCAAAAAGUGCACAACGUCUCUAAAGAAGUUUUCACUUCCAAAAUUUAUUUCGUCGAAGCGGUGACGGUCGCUAAUUUAAUAAUUUUUCCCCAUCCAAAAAGUGCACAGCGUCCCACAAGAAGUUUUUACUUCAACAAUUUAUUUCAUCAAAGCGAUGGCGGUCGCUAAUUUAAUACUUUUUUCCAUCCAAAAAUAGCACAACGUCCCUAAAGAAAUUUUCCUUCAAAAAUUUAUUUCGUCGAAGCGAUGACGGUCGCUAAUUUAAUACUAUUUCCCAUCCAAAAAGUGCACAACGACCCUCAAGCAGUUUUCACUUCAAAAAUUUAUUUCUUCGAAGCGAUGACGGUCGCUAGACGGUCGGCAAUUUAAUACUUUUUCCUAUCCAAAAUGUGCACAACGUCUCUAAAGAAGUUUUUACUUCAAUACAUAUACGUACAAAAUUUAUUUCGCCGAAGAGAUGACGGUCGCGAAAUAAAUCCUUUUUCCCUAUCCAAAAAUUGGUUUUACAUUUAUUUUAAAUUUAAAUACUUCUAUACAAUUUAUGUAUAGAUACACAUAAUAUAGAUACGUACAAAAUUUAUUUCGCCGAAGAGAUGACGGUCGCGAAAUAAAUCCUUUUUCUCCAUCCUAAAAUAGGUUUUACAUUUAUUUUAAGUUUAAAUAUGUACUUCUAUACAAUUUAUAUAUACAUACAAAUAAUAUAUAGCAUAAGCGAUGAUGGUCGCGAAUUCAAUGCUUUUUCCCCUAUUCAAAAAUCGCACAACGUCCCUAAAGAAGUUUUCACUUCAAAAAUAAACUUUUAUCAAAUAAACUUUUUUAUCCCAUGCCUAGAUUUUGUAUAAUCUUGGAACUACUAAAUUUUUUUAUUUCUAAUAAGAAAUCGAACAUAUUAUAACUAAAUAACUAAUUAGGCAACAUAGAGAAAUUUUCACUGUCAUUUUGACAAACCUGCGUCAGAUUUUCUCUAAUCUGUUCUGUCAUCUUUAUCGAUAUCUGUUCAGUGUAGUAGUGUGUUAAUUUAAGAAUUCGUUUUUGUUGUUUCAUAGGAAAGUAGUGUUUAUUGAUAGUUAAUUUAUUAUACCUAUACCUAUAUUUGUUGUAUAAGUUGUUGGUCUCUUUGAAAGAAUAGAUUGUUGUUAAUUGUGAAUUUUAGUUAUAUGUAGGUAGGUAAGUAUAUUUUACGUAAAAAUAUUUCGAAUUCUAAUGCGAGUAUAUAAAGUUUUCGGAGGAUUUUUUAUUCUAGAAAUAUUAUCAAUAGUUUAACAAAAUGGAAAAAGUAAAUCAAACGAAAAAUAAAGUGAAACCUUCCAAGAAACAGUCCAUUAAAAACCGUGCCAAAAUUAUGCGAAAAUCGAAAUUUGUUUCGCUGCACAACAAAAAAUGAUUAUUUAUUAUUGUUUUAGUAUUAGAUAUUUCAUGCAAAUACCUUUCUAAAUACCUAUCUUAACAUAAAAUUUUCGCCCAUUUUGGUUUAUUUUUAUAAAUAUCUGUUUAUUAAUAAUAAAAUCGUUUUCUACUACUUACAUUUAGCGCGACUAUGAUAUUGUCAAAAUAUGAAUCUUAGAUAAUGUCAAAGAUUAUCACUGUUGCCAAAGUUGAUGAUACUAUCUCCCGAAGUUAUAUUUUGUUGCUACCUGUUGAUCGCUACUGUUUACUCUUAAGAUAAAUAUUUAACUAUAAGAUUUAGCAAUAAUAUUAAAAAAUUUCACUUUUAUAAAAAAUUUCUUUUUAUGAUACCACAGUUUUGUUAUAAGUAUGUGGGACACAAUAUAAAAUUAUUAGCUAUAUUGUCGUUUCUAUCCAUAUGUCAUGUAAGAAUUUUAUAAUCGAUUUUAAACUCAUAUAAAUUAAAGAAAAUGUUUAAAAUUGUAAAAAAUAAUGAAACAUGUUCCGAAAGAAUAAUUGUUAUAUACGUUAAUAUAGCUAAUAUCAUAAAAAUAUUAACUUGCUAACUAAAGCAAACUAAAAAAUAAGGGAAUGGCGAAACCUAAGCGACUCCAUCUUUAAACAAAUAAAUAUUUAAAAAUAAAAUCUUUGAAUUUCUUAGUCGAAAA